GUCUUGUUUGUCGCCGGUGUAUUUAAUGAAUUAAGUGGUCGAUAAACUGCUAAAAUGAAGCGGUUUGGGUUGUUGGUAGUGGCGUUAUUCUGCCUUACGGGGUUUGUAAGAGCAGAUGAAGAUCCUUUGGUGCAGGGAACCGUGGAAAAAGUUGAUUUAGAUCUGGGAGCCAGCAGGGAUGGCUCAAGAACAGACGAUGAGGUUGUUCAACGGGAAGAAGAGGCCAUCAAAUUGGACGGCCUCAAUGUGGCGCAGCUCAAGGAGCUCAGAGACAGAGCCGAAAAAUUCACCUUCCAAACCGAAGUUAACCGAAUGAUGAAGCUCAUCAUUAAUUCCCUUUACAGAAAUAAAGAGAUUUUCUUGAGAGAAUUGAUUUCUAACGCAUCGGAUGCCUUGGACAAAAUAAGGAUGCUUUCUUUAACCGAUAAGGAAGUUUUGGAUUCCACGCCUGAAAUGAACAUUCGCAUUAAGGCCGAUAAAGAGGCGGGCAUGUUGCAUAUCACGGAUACGGGUAUCGGUAUGACGAAAGAAGACCUCGUGAACAAUCUCGGUACCAUCGCCAAGUCCGGUACGGCCGAGUUCUUGAGCAAAAUGCAAGACUCCUCGUCUUCGCAAGACAUGAACGACAUGAUUGGUCAGUUCGGCGUCGGUUUCUACUCGAGCUUUCUGGUCGCCGACAAGGUAAUCGUCACGACGAAAAACAACGCCGACAAGCAGUACAUCUGGGAGUCGGAUUCUUCGAGCUUCAGCAUCGUGGAGGAUCCCAGAGGAGAUUCGCUGAAAAGAGGUUCCACGAUUUCGCUUCAGCUGAAACCCGAAGCCAAGGAUUUUUUGGAAAUCGAAACCGUUCGCAAUCUCGUGAAAAAAUACUCGCAAUUCAUCAACUUCCCCAUCUACCUGUGGGCCAGCAAAACCGAGAGCGUGGAAGAACCGAUCGAAGACGAAGAACCACCGACGGAUAAAAAAACUGAGGAUUUGGACGAAGACGCAGCCGUAGAGGAAGAGAAGGAAGAAGAUAAACCGAAAACCAAAAAAGUGGACAAGACCGUGUGGGACUGGGAGUUGCUCAACGACAGCAAGCCCAUUUGGACUAGGAAGCCUUCGGAAGUGGAAGAUUCCGAGUACGACGAGUUCUACAAGGCGCUCACCAAAGACUCCAAGGAGCCUCUGACGAAAAUUCACUUCGUCGCCGAAGGUGAAGUCACCUUCAAGGCUUUGCUCUACGUGCCCAAAGUGCAGCCUUCCGAAAGCUUCAACAGAUACGGCACCAAGACCGACAACAUCAAACUAUACGUGCGCCGCGUAUUCAUCACCGACGAGUUCAACGACAUGAUGCCGUCGUACCUGAGCUUCGUACAAGGCGUCGUCGAUUCCGACGACUUGCCUUUGAACGUGUCGCGCGAGACCCUCCAGCAACACAAACUGAUCAAGGUGAUCAAGAAGAAGUUGGUGCGCAAGGUGCUGGACAUGCUCAAGAAGAUCCCCGACGAGGAGUUCGCGAAAUUCUGGAAGGAGUUCUCCACCAACAUUAAGCUGGGCACGAUCGAAGACCCCAGCAAUCGCACGCGAUUGGCCAAGUUGCUGAUGUUCCACAGCUCCAACGGCGAGGAUUUGACGAAUCUCGCCGAUUACGUUAAGAGGAUGAAAGGUAAGCAGGACAAGAUUUUCUAUAUCGCCGGGUCGUCCAAGGAGGAGGUGCAGAAGUCGCCGUUCGUGGAGAGGUUGUUGCGUAAGGGGUACGAGGUUUUGUACAUGAUCGAGGCGGUGGAUGAGUACGCGAUUUCCGCCAUUCCGGAGUUUGAGGGUAAAAAGUUCCAGAACGUCGCCAAGGAAGGUUUCUCUCUAACCGAAGCCGAAGGUGGUAAAGAGCAAUUGGAGCAAUUGCAGAAGACGUACGAGCCUUUGACGAAAUGGUUGAACGAUGAGGCUUUGAAGGACCAAAUCGCGAAAGCCACGGUGUCCGAGAGGCUCAGUGACUCUCCGUGCGCCUUGGUGGCCAGUUUGUUCGGUUGGACCGGCAACAUGGAGCGUUUGGCGGUCUCCAACGCGCACCAGAAGUCCGACGAUCCUCAGAGGUCCUACUACUUGAACCAGAAGAAGACCUUGGAGGUCAACCCGCGGCACCCUUUGAUUAGGGAGUUGUUGAAGAGGGUCAAGGACGAUCCUUUGGACCCCACCGCCAAGGAUAUGGCUCUGAUGCUGUUUAGAACUGCCACGCUGAGGUCGGGGUACAUGCUGAGGGAGACGGCGGACUUUUCGCAAUCUAUUGAAGUCAUGAUGAGGAAGAGUCUCGGGAUUCCGUUGAACGAGCAGGUGGAGGAGGAAGAUGAUGCACCUGACGGAGACGGAAUUCCGGAUGAUGAAGAGAACGGCGAUCUCAAAGAUGAUCACGAUGAACUUUAAGUGUGUGUGUGUGCUGUUAUUGAUUGUUGUUACGCAAUCGCAAAGACUGUUUCUUUUUUCUAUUUGUAAAUUUAAAUUAAAAAUAAAUCCUUAUUUAAUUUA